AUGCUUGUACCUGCUACUGUCGCAUUGAGAGCCUGCAACAGCUCCGUUCUUGCUCGAUACUUAUCCACCAGCGUUACAAGAUGUGAAGAGAUCAAGACGCCUGUACAGCAGUUGGGAUGGGAAUAUUUACAACGACAAAAGUCGUUGGGACGUCCAAUCUCUCCUCAUCUUACUGUCUACAAACCACAACUUACUUGGAUGGUCUCCGGAGCUCACCGUAUCAGUGGAUGUAUUAUGGCUGGUACCCUCAUUGUUGGAGGUGUUGGCUUCGCUGUACUCCCAAUUGACUUCACUACCUUCGUUGAGUUCGUUCGUGGACUUGGACUUCCCUGUGCUGUUACUGCCGUCUUCAAGUUCAUCAUCGCUUUCCCCAUCAUUUUCCAUACUUUGAACGGUAUCAGAUUCCUCGGAUUUGACUUGGCAAAGGGAGUUGAUAACAUCGGUCAGGUUUACAAGAGCGGAUAUCUUGUUUUGGGACUCUCGACUCUUCUUACUCUUCUUGUCGUUGCCAACGCUUGCUCUAACAAGAAAGAAUAA